AGGGUCCACUUCCCCACAACGCACUGCUGCCCUCCUGCCUCCAGCCCCACGGAUCCACCGGAGCCCUGGCUGUUGCUGACGAGAUCCAAGCAACCUGGAGGCUGCAAGGGGAAACUUUCCCACAGGCAGGUUGUGCUGCAAACUCCAGCUGAGGUUGAGCACUGGGCAUGGAGGAUCUGCCUUUGGGCACUGGUUCAUCUGAGACCUCCUGUCCCUGCUGGACAAGUGACAUCAGCGCCUCAGAUCCAGGCACAAGAUGAGAUCUGGCACUGGUCUGUGGAGAUGGGGGGCCAUGUUCUUACACCUCCGCCUCUGAAGAGCAUCCGGAUGCGGUGGAGUUGGGAGCCUUUGUGCUGCUCUUGAAAUUCAGGGCUGAGGAUUUCUUCUCAAACUCCUCAGCUCAGAUUCUCCCACCUCAGGUAACAGGCUGAGCCCUGAGCUCCCCUGCUCCAUCUGUACCUCUGAAGGCUGAAGUCCUUCUGAGGGGAUGAUCCCAUCUCCUCCCUCACACAGACCGCACUGUAGCAAGAGCUCUAAAGAUGGCCUCUGAUAGGCGUAAGGGUCCCAUCCAGACACUCAGUGAGGCUGUGCGGGACGGGAGGAGCCUCGAUGACUGAGAGUUUGUUGGGACUAAGCCACUGCACUGAGUGAGGAGCCAGCCUGUCUCCUUGCUGAAAAAGUGAGGGCAUGUGGAUGCCUUCUGGAGGGUCCUGGGCAGGAAGAGUCAGGAUCUGUCUCUGCUGGAAGAAGGAAUAGAGAGUUUUGGAGACAAAGAGUGAGGUGAUACCUCCUGGCAGCUGAGCCAGGACCCAGGAGCAUGUUGACUCUGGCUUUUGCCAGCCACAGGGGAGCAUAGUUAGGUGGAAGAGGAUGCCCACAUCUGUCUGGCAUUCCCAAGUCUGGCGUUCCCCUGUCCUGGAGCACUGGCUCUGAGAGUGCAGAGAUGGAUUCAUUCUGCUUUGUCUGCUUCCAAAAAGAGGAGCUACAGCCUUUGCAACUGAACAGCACAACAAUGAGUGCAGGCUCCAUUGAGCAGGAGCCGUCGCGCAAGCUGGCCUGCUGCGGGGUGCCCCUCAUCACUGAGGACAUGCAGUCUCUGGCCAUCCGCACCCUCUCGGGCACCGACAUCAACAAGCACUAUGAUCUCAUCCGUGAGCUUGGCAAGGGCACCUACGGUAAAGUGGAUCUCGUGUCCCACAAAAGCACAGGCACCAAGAUGGCACUGAAGUUUGUGAACAAGAGUAAGACGAAGCUGAAGAACUUCUUGCGGGAAUUCAGCAUCACCAACACACUCUCCUCCAGCCCGUUCAUCAUAAAGGUCUUUGAUGUAGUCUUUGAGACAGAGGAGUGCUAUGUCUUCGCGCAGGAGUAUGCAUCCGGAGGGGACCUCUUUGACAUCAUCCCACCACAGGUGGGUCUCCCUGAGGACAUGGUGAAGCGCUGUGUGCAGCAGCUGGGCCUGGCCCUGGACUACAUGCACAGCAAGAACCUGGUGCACCGGGACAUUAAGCCUGAGAACGUACUGCUCUUUGACCGUGACUGCCGCCGGGUCAAGCUAGCUGACUUUGGCAUGACACGCAAGGUGGGCUGCCGGGUGAAGCGCAUCAGUGGCACCAUCCCCUACACAGCGCCCGAGGUCUGCCAGGCCGGCCGGGCUGAGGGCUUCACUGUGGACAUGAGCAUUGAUGUGUGGGCCUUUGGCGUGCUCAUCUUUUGUGUCCUGACUGGCAACUUUCCCUGGGAGGCAGCCUCCACCACGGACACUUUCUUUGAGGAGUUUGUGCGGUGGCAGAAGGGGCGCCUGGCCGGCCUGCCCUCCCAGUGGAGGCGCUUCACAGACAAUGCCCUGCGCAUGUUCCAACGCCUCCUGGCCCUGGACCCCGAGAAACGCUGCCCUGUCAAGGAGGUCUUCUACUUCAUCAAGUACGAUCUGAUGUCAGAGGUGCGCCGCAGGCCCUCCUACCGCUCCCGCAAACAUGCUGGUGACAAGCUCUCAUCUGGCUCUCACCGCCAUGAGACACCCAGCUCCUGUACCCCCACCCCACUCAAGAGGACCAUCCUGACGGAAGGCAGCGGGCCUCGGCUCUCCACCUCAGAGCCAGGCCUGUCCUCCCCAGGGGGAACAGGGAGGACAGAUGGCCGGCAAGACAAAGGCAAAGGGCAGAUGGUCCUGGCCACAGCAAUAGAGAUUUGCGUUUGAUGAGAGGUGGCAGGAAUGGGGGGGGUCACAGUCCUCAUGGCAUGGCUCUGCUCUGUACAGCCUGCAGACAUGAUGUCAGUCCCACUGCCCCCCACCCCUCUGGCAAAGGGGGAUGGGGGAGGGAAUUCCUUUUAUAUUAGGGACCAGGAUCCAUGUCUCCCAAAGAAAAAAACAAACAAACAAAAAACUUAACAAUAACUCAAUAAUACUAAGGAUGCUACAUAUAUCCAUCCACUGUAGGUAAGGCCAGAGUGUAGACUGGACACUGGGGGCCGGGAGCCCAACAGAGGGGGCGUAGACUGGCUGCCAGGAAGGACCAUGAACAGCCUGGUGGCUCAGAGCUCCCUCCUCCUCACGCCAUCUGCAACUAGAGCGGGGCUACUUCCCUGCGUUCUCCACACCGCACGUGCCCUUCCUCUGCUGGGCUGACAGAGCACGGGACAGCCAACAGUCCUACUGUUUCUGGGGGUGGGUGGGACCUUUCACCAAAACAACAAAAUGAGAGCAGGGGGAGAACAAGAGGGUGGGACAGAAGUGGGAGGAAGGGAAAUGGCAUUGGGUCUUGCAUGUGUGGUCUGGCAGCCAUUGUGCAGGCUUAUAGUGGGUGGGGAGCGGUGUGGGGUGGAGCUGCAGCAGACCUGGGAUUCUUUAGGUUCCCAAGGGCACCUGUCAUGGUCAGGGCUUGAUAUGCAAAUUGGGCACUCUCCCUGCCCUGUAAAUCAUGUACUGACCAUGGUUAGAAAUCUGGGCUCAGGUCAGGGCUUAACUACAGACUAGGCACACAGGGAAUGGUGGCAGCUUGGCAUCCCACACCUGCCCUCACUCUUGCUGGCUCCCUUCCUGCACUGGCUCAGUCUCCAAGACCCUUGUGUGAUUCCCUCAUGGGGGUGGCUGGAGAGGUGGACAUGUAGGAUGGGGGAAAAGGAAGCAUCCCAGAAGGGAGGGAAGGCUGAUGACCCCAGGACAUGGGGGAGGCUUUCCAGGAGGUGGGGGUGUUUACCAGUCUUUGUUGUUUAAGAGUUGGGCCAGGGUGUACCCAUUGCACCUGCCCAUGCACUCUCACUGCCAUCCUGGCUCUUAUUUGAGGGAGGCCAUAAUGGAUGGCAGGAGAUAGAGGAAGCAAAUAAGCCUGGGGGAUCCUGUCUGAAAAGGGAAGCUGGCCGUGGUAUCCAGUGAGCUGGUCUCGGCCCAGACAAGGCCUCUCCCACAUCUAUUCUAGGGCUGGGCUUGGGCAACCCCAGCUCUUGCUGCUCCUCUUCCUGCCAACAGAUUCUGGGAUAGCUUCCUGCGCACAGGGCUCUGCUCUGCACCAAUGGGGGAAGCACUCAGUGUCCACCAAUGUAGCAAGUGUCGUGUUCCUAUGUGUCUGCGUGCACUGGGCUUGUUGUGCCCAGCUGGCAUGUUGUCAGCACCCUACAAGGGAGCAUCCUUUGUCUCGAGCCCCUGUGGGCAACUUGGGAACCAGGCCCCAAUUUGGGGAACAGGUCAAGGUAGACAAAGGCUGAUACCUUGUAAGGGACACUGAUAUGAACCUGUCCUAUCUUCACUGGAGGGACAUGGGCAGCUGGGGAGCCACAGCUUCAGUGUGUUCCUUGAUGGCUGUAGUGGUAAGACAUGAUUUUAUUGGCAAUCAGUGCCAGGCCAUCUCUGUUCAGAGUGGAUACACCACAGGGGUGGGCAAAAUGCGGCUUGUAGGCUGGGUGUGGCCUGCCAAGCUAUUCUAUCCAGCCCACAAGGCCCCUAAAAAAUUUAGAAAAUUAAUAUUUAUCUGCCCUGGGCUGCCUGUCAUACAGCCCUCGAUGGCUUGCCAAAACUCAGUAGGCAGCCCUCCACCCAAAAUAAUUGCCUACCCCUAAUGUAUCAGGAUAAGGGGUGGUUACAGACCCUGAUUAAGGUUUGGCCUUACACUAGCUUCCCAGGCUAGAAGGCCCUUGCUGGUUUUGAGGGGGCUGCCCCUCUGGAGGAGGUGAACCCAAGUGGGGAGCCAGGAUAAAUGACAUCAGACCAGAGCAAGCCAUCUUGGUUGGGUUCCCACAGCAAUCCAUAGGCAUUGGCAUGGGGGUUAGUACAGCCAAACUUGCCUGGAUGGGAUCCUCAAAUGGACCAAUGUCGAAUUUGCAAAAAAAAUUGCAUAAACAUUUCAGGCUGGGCUGCAUACAUCUGCAUACCCAGUGACUGUAAACCAAGCUACUUGUUGUUUCUGCCUUCAGGCCUGCUUUGGCAGCUUCUGAAGAACCUUGGAGAGGACAGCUCAAGCAUCUCCAGAGGUCCCUGGUCCUCCAACCAUCCCCUACCUCUUUGUCUUUGCUGUUACCCUUCCCACCCCAAGUACCCUCUUGCACCUCUUAGUCAUCCCUUUGAAAAUAUACUCUUUGCAUAAGGACUAGAUGAGGGUAGGGGGGAACCAUGCUCCCUCAACCUUCUGGCACUGUAGCACUCUAAGGAGGCAGACCUCUCCCCAACCCCAGUGUGAGGAGGGAAAACUGAUAAGCAUCUUGAUGGUUGCCAUGACAAACUGGAGGCAGUAGAACAGUAGAGGGUGAUGGGAAAGAGCAGGAAGUCAGUGGCUCUGGCAGGUGUGGUGGGAUCCAUGCACAGAUGAGCUUUGGGUGACACAUAGUAGAGGCCGGAGCUGGGAAAGGGGACAUAAAAGGCUGGAUGGGGCUGCAGGGAGAUAGCUGUGAAGCAGGAGGCUGUGCUGGGUGGGCACUGCUGCUCUGGGGCACUUCAGCUUGAACCAACCACGUGAAGCCACUAGGCAGCUUCUGGCCCAGGUUUGGCUGCCCUUCUAGCUCUGUGGUGGGGCCCAGCACAGCACUCUCUGCUGCAGUUGCCUCACAUAAUAGGGAUUCUGCUUGGAAGCCCAGCCCAUGCCCAUGGAAGCCUCAGGGAGAAACUAUGAGUUAGGGGUAUGGGCAUAUCUAGAUCAGUAGCUGUAGGUAUUUGGGUAACAAGAAUUGGAAACGGUAUGAAAACAACCCCCUGAGAUAGUCACCUUGCUUUCAUAGUCACAAGGUUAACAGCCCUGGGUGCGUACAGGCCCCUUAUUCCCCUAGCAUGAGAGAGAAGGUGAGAACUGUGAUCCCUUCCUUGCUCUCAGCCCAUGUGUUUACAUGUGGCUCUGCUGCUACUCGCAUGGCUGCAAAGGGAUGGCGGUUCCAUCCAGCUCCUUAGUAAUGUCGAAGCCCCAGUAGAGAUUGUCCUUAUGGAGUUUAUCAGUGGAGUAGCUUCACACCUGUGUAGGCAAGUGUAUACGUGUGUUAGACAUGCAAUGCACAUAUGGGAGUGAGAUGUGUAAGGAAUGUGCAGUCGCUCAUGCACAUGUGGACAUCUGUGUGUGAGCUCCCAAAUCUUUAAUCUGAGGCCAGAGUGACCUCUGUUUGGAUGAGCAGAUGAAGGGCAAUCCUCAGAGGCGACCCGAGUAGGGUGCAGGGCCUGGGGCAAAUCAGCCUGUGCGGGGCCCUGCCCCUAGACGCGAGGAAGCUGGCGGCUGAUUCAGUAGGGGGAGGGCCAAGUGGCCAGAGGUGCCAGGUUUGGCAGCAGAUUUGGCGGGGAAGGGAUGCUGAGAGGCUGGACGUGAAGCAGGCAGCAGCGCAGUUGCUGCGCCGCUCUGUCUGGCUCUGCAGGACCUCCCAAAGCACAGGGUCUGGGGUGGUUGCCCUGAUUCGCACUGCCCGGGAUGGCCCUAGCAAGCCCCAUGGAACCUGCCUGGAUAAUGGGGCGAGGGGAGUGUUGCUGUGGCUAUGCUCAAAGAAGGAUAUCCAGCACUGGGGGUGGAUUGGACUGAUGUGUGCUUGUGCUCUAGAUCUAGGAAAGGCCUGUGGGAGUGAGAGCUAUUUAUUGGGAAGUGCCUGUGCAGGGAAGCCAGCCCUUCCCAUGUCUUUCAGGGGUGUUAUCUGCCUGUGUGUAAGGCUCUGGCUUUCCCUGGGAACAGGACAUGCAGGGAGUUGCCACUCCAGACUGCUGUCUCCCAGCUCCUUCCCUGACCUGAGGCUUCAGAGGGGCUGGGUGCUGAACUCUUUCCUUGAGCACUACCCUAAUCAGGCACAUGUACCAAAGGGAUCCUGUUGGAUCAGGGACUAAAAAUCCAGGCCAGGCAAGUGGAGUUCAGUCACCUCUGUGGUCAUUACUGAUCUGACAUGUUCCUUCGUCCUUCCCUCUGCCCUACGCUGCAGGAUUUGCCUUCAUGGCAACUUUUCCUCAGGGGGUUGAUGCUCUGAAGUGAGCCACCAGGUUGGUUUAACUUGGGUUUGAGUUGCCAGACUUGAGUGUGUCUACUUGAGCGAGUCCAUACGAGUGCUGCACUGCUCUCUGCAUGUCACCAGGACCUCUGGGGGCCUGUCCCAUUGUUCUUAUAUCUGCCAGGAGUUUAGCCACUUCUAGGUGUGAGUUGGGAAAGAACUUGGUCUCUCUGGGGCUGGGAAACUGGAAAUGUGCCAGAGGACCCUCCAUGUUGGCAUCUUCAUAAUAUAGUAUGGGUUUAAACACAUUAGGUUUAGCUCAGAAAGGCCAGCUAGCCAGGGGGUAAAGUGGUAUAAUAUUAGGGUCCCAAAUCUUGUAUGUGGACAUGGGUCACUCAGAGUGAGGGCCUGGGCUAACUGCAGUAAAGAGAAGUCCUCUCUGUACAACUGGCUCUACAUGUCCCUAGUGGCUUGUGAUGUGGGCACUGAGUGACCUUCCACCUGUCCUAGCUCUGUCAGGGUCAGCCCCACCACUGUGGGUUGCCCUAAUGAGGACUUGAUUGGCUUAAAGCUAUGCUCAGCUGCCUGUGUUCCCUCAAGAGCUGUAGAGAUGACUACUGCAGGGGAGUGGAUUGAAGCAGCUCAAAGUAGGCUAAUUUAGUCGCUGCAUAGGUGGGUGCCCCCACCAUCCCCACCUCCCUCUGAUCUGGACUCUGGGCACAGUGUCUCCCUCCUGGACUCUGAAACUUACCAUACAAAGGGCUAUAAUGCUACUAAGAAGCAACAGCAGUUUACAAACAGAUGCAGGGCAGGUGGCUCGCCAUGGUCCAGACCCCACACCCAGUACGCAGGGGCAUGCCCAGCAGCCUUUUCCACUGGAUCCUAGUGGAAAGCAAGGGUGCAUCUCUUGUAUAACCAUCACUAAUCAUAGCACACACUCAGCCCCGGCCUCCCUCCCUCAGCCUGCUGAAACAUUGGUAGUGAUUGUCAAUGGCCUCUGGGUAUGGGAUCCUAGGGGACCUAGUAUGACUGACCGUUGCUCUGUCCCUGGCAGGACUGAUCCAACCAAAUGAAUAUCUGUCCCUGGUGAGGAAGGAACAGCAUCCAAGAAGCUCCUCUCCUACCCUUCAGACUAGCAUCUGCUGACCACCAUAUCGCUGACCUCUCUGGGGUCACUGGCCCCAGCAGUUCCUCCCUCCCUCUCUCCCUCCCUCCCUGAUGUGAUCGCCCCACCCCAUCUCCACAGUCCGCGUCUGGGUGUUUUAGGUGAAUGGAAGUCAUUCGCCUCUCUUGGUGUCACCCCACUGUGCUCUGGGGCAUCCAGGGCUAAUGGUUUUUUUAGAAGUAGCAUUGCACAGACUUAGAUAUUUUAGCCGCAAUUUCUCCUUUUUGCCUUAGGCCCCUCAGUGUCCUCGAUCUUUCGUGCAAUAAUGUAGAUAAGGAAUUAAAACCACCACAUAGACCUUUUUAAUUUUUCUGGUCAGUUAUUUUGUUUUCAGGGGGGUGUGUGUGUGUGUGAUAUUUUUCCAUUGAGGUUGUUGUUGUUGUUAGGCUGUUGGGGUUUUUUUUUAAAUUCCCUUGGCUGUCGGGUUUCGGACCUUUUCCCUGUAGGAGAGGUUAUAGUGUUACAGAUGUUACCUCAGUUUCUGUCACUGUUGAAAAGAAAAAAACCCCAUUAAAAUGACAAAAAAACAACAAAAAUAUAUAAAAGCAAAAAAUCUUGAUGGCAGUAGAGCCUUUUUUAAAAAAAAAUAAAAAGUGAUUUCCUGUUGUGACGAUGCAGUGGUGCUUCCCCCGGGAGUGUUGUGUUUGUUCUCUCCUAUUCAGAGGAAAAUUUUCCUCCAGCAAAAAAAGAAAUAAUCAGCUUUCCACAAGGGCUGGCUCUUGCUUUCAGAACCUGCUGAUCCCUUGAGCUGGUUGAAAGGCCAGGACCUGGGUUUAUUUGUCUUUUGCAAACAUUUUAUUUUUCCAGGCAAAUGUGAAAUGUCAACCAAAAACGUGUCAUCUCUUGGCCGGUUCUGAUAACCUCACUUUGUUGCAUCAUUCAGAGGACAUGGUAAAGUAUGAACAUGUUGCACGCAACAGACACUGUUACUACUUCUAAACACGCACGUUACUGGGGAAGCUGGUUUCGGUCCCAGAUCCUUCUGGGGCAGUGGCACGAGGAGCCCAGGCUUUCUUCACUUGAGCUGAAGAAGAUCAUUCUCAUCUGCCAGUAGCACGUAGUCCCAUAUCUCCUUAGUGGCCUUGCUGCAGCUCUGUCUUCACAAAGCCAGUGCAAUAGAGAGGAGGAUUGCUGAUGUGAUGGCUGAGGCAGCUGACAGGACUAUGAGGGACUCCAAGUGGGGGCUACCACAUGGCCUCCCAUGACUCAGUGCAAAAAAACAGGAGUUUGCUCUGUUUUUUUGUUGGUGAAAGGUUGGCUGUCAUAACUGAGGCAACUGAGCCAGAAGAAACCUGUAAAGGGCAAGUAGCCAAAUGAUCCAGAUUGGCCAUCCAGCUGUGGGGCUCUCCUGACUAGAUUUCUGCUCAGAUGCUCAUCCCUCCUCAAAAUCCCCCUGCAGGCUUUCCCCUUGGUCCUUUUGCUCCCUUCCAGACCUUCUCCAGUAGCUGAGACCUGGCUCACAUGACUGCUGCGGUCACAGAGUGAUGCAUGGCGCAUCUCUCCCAGGGCCCUGCCUGCUGAAGUCCCAGCUGCUUCAGUGUAAGGUGUUGGUCCCCUCCACUGCAACACCCCUGGCAGGGCAAUCCUGUCUCUUGGGGUAGGCCCAUCUUGACACCAACUGAUGCCACAAAGUAUAGGGCCUGGGAUCCCACUGUGGAAAAGGGUUUGCAGGGAGAUAGCAGUUUCCCAGAAAAUCAUUUGGCCAAGCCAGCACGCUUUCCCUGCCUGCUGUAAUGGUGACCAAGCAAAUGCCCUAUCACCCCCUUCCUGACCUGUGAUACAGCCUUUAAUACAGUGCUGUAACAACACGCAGGAGGCCUUGGCUUCCACCCUAAACAACCACCUUUCGGCAGUUCUGUCCACCUGUCCCUGGGAUCCUGUCAGUACUCCUGGGUGGCGGGCUGCUUCCCUAAGGCGAACCAUCUCUGGAGCAGAAAUGUGGCCAGGCCUCUCCCAAGAGCAGGCUGUCUCUGGAGAUAACCCCCUUACACCUGCAUGAGACCGCAGCAGCAGUGCUGUGGAAAUGUCCUGGGUGGGUCCAUCUCAGCUCAGCACAUAGGCAGUGAUCCUCAGCAGGUUGAAGCAUUUAGGACAGAAGUUCAUGACAUCAUUAGUUAUUUGAUCAGUAUCUGAUAAGCAAAUCUAUGCACUGAAGCCUGCAUAGAUUUCAGACAUCACCAGACAUUCAACAUGCCAGCAACUGGCCCAGAAAAUUCGGAGAGCUCUUUUUGAGGCCUUUGCCUUGCUCCUAUUGAAGUCAGUUGUAGUUUGGUCAUUGGCACGAGUAGGAGAUGGCUUAGUCGCAUACAUUGGUUAAAUGCACACAAAUCACUGUCAGGGACUGAUAAAUGCAGAGAGAUUGAAGGAUAGUUUAGUUGUAAAGGCUCAACAACCUUCCCUUUUCUUCCCAAAGGAAUCAGUUGUCUACAGCAGCAUCAGUGCAGAAAGGAAUCUUUUUGUUAAUCUCCUCCCCGAUGAAGCAUCACUGCAUCCCUUGGUUGUGUUGUGACUUAGCAUUGUGAACUGGUCAGGUGUAUAAGCUCUGUCCACCUGCAGAGGGGACUUGAAGGAAUGAAGAGUAACUAAAAACUACUGUUGUUCAACUCCUUCCAACCCCUCCCGGAGCAGGGAAACCAGGCAAACAACAAAAAUAAAAUGAGAACAAGACGUGUCUGUAAAUACUUUGCAGUGCUUUGACUUGUGAGAAGGAGGUUUUUAAAUGUGUUAUUUAAUUCUAUAUUGAGGACAAUUGCUACAAACUAAAAACACUGGGAGUGGGGUGGGGGGAACCAACGUGCAAUCUAGCCCAAGAAGUGCUUUUAGUUUUUUUACACAUCACUCGCACUCCCUAGGGAUGGGCAUGUAGGCGCGUGUGUUUGUACACAGAUGUGUGCAGGAUGGAGCCAUUUUCCCUACUAUGUUGGAACAGAUCAUUUAAAAAAAGUCAGAUCGGCCAGGCCCCAAUAUUUGCUUUGUGGAGGGAAGAAGAAGGAUGGGGUUUCACCUGUUAUCUAUUUUACAUUGAAUAUGAAUCAAAGUAUUUCUUUCUA